CGUCAAUCAAAAAUAGAAAAAAAUCGACCCGAUUUCAACGAUCAACACUAGCCCGCCUUUGAUAAAAUAAUCAUGUUAGGAGUUUGAUUGGUCUGGUAAUCCUCUAUAUUUACGCUAUGACUAAAACGUAAACGUCUAGCGCAUCGAAUCGGCAGCUAAUCGACAACAGACAUGUCAGCUAUUCAGUUGACGAGCUCAGACCGAUGGGAGGUGCUGACCCCCGUCUCGGCUGCAAAGGAAGACCAAGGCGUCGUUCACAUUCCAAACUCGGGGAUUGUCACAUCUAACGGGCAGUACGUUCUUCCAAUCGGGAGUCUUCCCAGCCAGCCCAUUUACGUCACAGCAUCUGGGAGCGAAGCCACAGCUAACGGAGUGGCCGGCAUUCAGUACCAGGUCAUUCCCCAAAUUCAAAAUGCAGAUGGGACACUCACAGGAUUCCCAACACAAGGACUGGAUGACGGCACGGGCCAGAUUCAACUUCUCCAAGAUGGCAACCAGGGCAAUAUUGGAAUCAGCUGCUCCACAACAGCUGCUACAGACCUCCUCACGCAGGCGGGCCAGGUUCAGUCCAUCCAGGGCGUCUCCUUGGCCGGAGGCUCGGCGUACGCCGGCACUGUCCCCGUAGGGCUUCCUGGCAACAUCACCUUUGUCCCCAUAAACAGCGUGGAUCUGGAGUCCCUUGGGUUGACUGGGGCUCAGACAGUACCAAUCGCCACCGGGGUAACGCCGGAGGGCCAGCUGAUCAUGAGCAGCCAGCCCCUGGAGAACCAGAGCCAGGAUGGCAACAACAAACAGUCCCUGGUGACAGUGAGCGACAGCAACAACCAGGAUAUCUACGUGCCAACCACUUCCUCCUCUUCCUCCAACACCUCACAGCUCCCAGCAACCAUCGAUGGGACGGGGGUUCUCACUCAGGCCACAGCUGUGUCUGCGGGAGUGUCUGAUCCAUCCUCCACGGAAAACUACAACUCCCAUAACCACCUACAGCAAAUCCAGGUGUCCUCCUCCAACGCCACCACCAUCUCUCAGCCCAUCCUGCAGCUGGCAGGUGACACUCAAGCCCAGGUGGCUCAGGGCCAGGACCUGACUGGAGGCGGUCAGACUCUGCAGAGUGUGCAGCUGGUGAACCCUGGUACCUUCCUGAUCCAGGCUCAGACUGUCACCGCCACGGGGCAGAUUCAGUGGCAGACCUUCCAGGUUCAAGGUGUCCAGUCGCUCCAGGGGCUCCAGAUUCCCCAGGGACAGGGCCAGGGCCAGCAGUUGACGCUAGCACCCAUCCAGACCCUCCCCUUGGGCCAGACUGGCCAGGUCAGCCUCCCUAACCUCCAGACAGUCACAGUGAACUCCGUAACACAAACUGGUGUCCAGUACACACAGGGAGAGGAUGCAGGCAGUCCAGCUGGCAUCCAGAUAAAAGAAGAGCCGGACUCUGAGGAGUGGCAGCUGAGCGGGGACUCCACACUGAACCCCAGCGACCUGAACAACCUCCGUGUCCAGAUGGGAGACGAGGAGAUGGAGGGAGCAGGCGCGGAUGGCAAAAGGCUGCGCAGAGUGGCCUGUACUUGCCCCAACUGCAAGGAGUCUGGAGGGAGGGGCUCUGGCGUGGGCAAGAAGAAGCAGCACAUCUGCCACAUCGUCGGCUGCGGGAAAGUCUACGGGAAAACGUCCCACCUGAGAGCUCACCUGCGCUGGCACAGCGGAGAGAGGCCCUUUGUUUGCAACUGGAUGUACUGUGGGAAGAGGUUCACCAGGAGCGACGAACUACAGAGACACAGGAGGACGCACACAGGAGAGAAGAAGUUUGUGUGCUCGGAGUGCUCCAAGAGGUUCAUGCGCAGCGACCACCUGGCCAAGCACAUAAAGACUCAUCAAAACAAAAAGGGCGCCGUGCCCACCUCCACGUCUCCGCCCACUGACACCGUCAUCACCACGGACGGAACCACGCUCAUCCUCCAGACCGCCUCCGCCCACGACCUCGUAGGCAAUCAGGAGAUCCCUCUGCAGCUGGUUACCGUGGCGCCCAGUGAGGUCCUGGAGUGAGCGAUGGGGAGGGUGGGGUUUCUGACAACAGGCCAAUUACAGGGACCUUUUGAGCUUCUCUUCCCCUCCAAUUUUUUUUUUUAAACAUAUGAAUAUAUACAUAAAUAUAUAUGACAAAUAUAUAUAUUUUAAGUGAAAUUUAUCGACGUUAUGUUUGUUUUUUGCAGUCUUUUUAUAGGGGGGCAAAACAUUAAAUGUGGUUGCUAUGUACACAUGUAAACACAUGACACCAAUCAUGAAUUAACACUCAAGAACACAACGUGAAAUGCCUUACUUUGUAUGAUACUCUUGUAUAAAUGCUGGAAGUGCAUGCAAAUGAUGUGACGAUAAUGGAUUUUAAUGAUUGAGGAGGAAGUCCUGAACCUUCAUCUCUCUGAGAUGAUCAAGGAGUUUUCGUUAUUUUAAUUCUCCUUGAGGCAGGAGGGGUGCGAGUGAAACCCAGCGCUCCGUUUGGAAGCAGGUAUAACACGUCGAGCUGCUGCCGGGACUGGAUGCCUGCUUUUAAAAGAAAAGUUUAACUUUUGUUUUGUUUUUUUUUGCUUAACAUUUAUACUGGAAACUACCUGAUGUGUGUUCAGGAGCAGUGGAGCUUUAGGAGUCCUCCAUGCUUACUUAUUUCAGUUCCCAGUGUUUAUGUUAAACAUCACCUCAGUCACAUGUAAUAUAAGUUGGUUGCUACACGUUUUAUUUGCACGCAGCAGUCGUCUCCCAACAGCGUGGCGGCGCAGACGGUCAGAGCGGGCAGCUGUCGUUUAAAGAUCUGGAAGACAAAGCCAGUGUCUGGUGAGCUGGAGCUAAACGUCCCGCCCGUCACUGCCAAAGCACGCCGUCGUUCCUCUGUGCUUUUUCACGUACUGCAGAGAAGAAACGCCUGUUUUUUUUUGUUUUUUUUUCUCUUCUGUUGUAAAUCGAUCUUGUAUUUCAGUCUCUUUACUAAUCCAGGUGACGACGAUCAGACGGCGAAGGAGAACGUAUGCGAAUGUUACCAUGCGAGGAAAUGAGCAGAUUGUCAUCCGACGCUACGAUAACAUCCUGUGAAACGGCUGUUGCAAUAACUGCUCUGAUGUCGUUUGAAAGAGAAACAAUCAUGCCAUUUGACUUUUAUUAUUUUUUAUUUAAUGUAAUCCUCUGUCUUCAUGUCUGUAGCAUUCUUUUACAUGUAUAUUCUUCUUUUCACCUUGUUAUAGAAGCCAUUACUUAGUUAGAUAAAUUUGUUGUAUCAAAACCUUUUAAGUAAUUUUUUAAACAAGAAUUGGUGUAAAAAUUGAAUGUUACCUUUUGUAAAACCUUUUUUCAAAUGG